CAGGAUGUCGCCCUAGUCGACAUGUGUGCGAUAGACUCUCAGGCUACAGAUGAUGUUCAUGAAGACGACGAUGAAGGCUAAGGCCAGCCGUGUUGGUCCUCUUUAGUCAGCGAAACCAUCACGAUGGCAGCAGUCUCGUGAAGCUCGCCCGGUACCCCUCCAUCGUCCACUUGCGGCAUGUCUCGAGCGAUCGAUUUUUGCCUCCUCGUCCUCCACCCAACGCAGCAGCGCCUCUGCCUCUUUCCUCCGUAACAGACCUACAAUCGCUUCCCCAUCGCUCGCUACUUAGACCCCGACUCCAAUGACGGCGCCGCCCUCGCUCCACGCCGACCGCAGGCAGCUCAUCUGGCAGCGCGUCUACAAAGAGCUGCUCAAGCACGCGAAACCAGACUCUCGCUUCCACUACGACUUCCUCUCGUUCACGCCCGAUUUCCGCGGCUCUUCGGCGGCUGUGGACCGCCUGGUCCAGUUGCCAUGCUACAAAGCGGCGACCACCAUCCUGGCCACGUCGGACGGCAGCCUGGAAGAGCUGAGAUACCGCGCGCUCAAGGAUGGGAAGAAGGUACUCGUGGGGACGUACAGGCUGCGCAGGGGAUUUGUGCUGCUCAGCCCGCAGAGGAUCGCCGAGGCAGAGCUGCAGGUUGCGAGCUGGUUGGACGGCAUGGAGAGGCCUGGGAUCGGGCGCCACCUGUCGCUGGCGCAGCUGCAGGAAGAAGGCAUAAAGGUGGAUCUUUGCGUCUUCGGGGGUCUCGCUUUCAAUACGCAGGGCGUGGUUGUAUGGGAAGGCCAGGGCCUCUUCGAAGUCCAGUGGGCGCUCCUCCACGAUAUAAAAGUCAUGCGGGAGCAGGUCCCUGUGGUGGCCGUCGCACAUGACUGCCAGGUGGUCGACGAGGCCGAGCUGGGCCUGGAGCGCAUCAAGCCUAGAAAGGCUGCCGAGGUGCAGUGCGACUACAUUAUUACGCCCGAGAAGACCUUUGAGAUCAAGGACGCCGUAAAGCCAUCCUCGGGCGUGGACUUUGACGCCGUUGAUUCAGCGGCGUUGGAGAAUAUCCCGCCGCUGCAGGAGCUCAAAGGCAUUCGCAUGAUGGAGUCUAUCAUGAAGAAGGGCGGGUUCAAAGAGGACAAGAAAGCGGAACAGGGGCCUAGUGCUGAAGAACUGACGGGCAUAGAAAUGAUGGAGAAGAUAAUGAAAGGGUUCGCGGACAGCAUCUCACCGUCCAAAUAAACGUCAAUGAUCAUCCUCUAUUCACGUCAUCUCAUCUGGAAUGACUGGACUUGAGCAUUGCCGCUCUUUAUUGUUCACAUCCUACUAUUUCCUAGAACUGAGUGGUUACACAGAGUUGACUCGAUAUAUCGCACUGCCGAUAGCGGUGGUUAUUAUUACCACGGAUGGUCAUCUCCUCGCUCAGCACAGCAUCAAUUUACCUUCUUCUCCACCCCCUUACAACAUCUCCAAUGCCCGUCCCCCAUCCCGUCCCCCUCGCCCCGAAC